GUCGAUUUCUUAGGUUCUGCAAAGCCCAACAACAGAGAGCAGAUCUUCCUUUUCGUCUUCCCAUCUCGUUGUCGACGGUGUCAUCGAACCCUCUCCGCCGCCACACCUGUUCUUCCUUCCAUCGAAGCUCCAAGGGGUUGUUGAGCGAGGAGGAGGAGGAGCGACCUCGGCGAGAUGCCGGAUCCUAACCUGGACGAUCUGCUCCUGCAGGCCGCGGGGCGGACCGUGGGCAAGGGAAGCCAGUCCCGGCCGUCGAACCAGCGCUGGCAGCAGCGCGGGCGCCGCGCGGGGGGCCCCUACUCCGGCGGGAGCGGCUCCGACGACGGCGACUCCGACUCGGACGCCGCGCCGAGCUACCCGAGGAAGAGGCAACCGUCGGGGUCGCAGGUGCCGCUCAAAAAGCGCCACCAGACGGAGAAGGGCGGCGGCGGCGGAGGGUACGACGACGACGGCGACCUCGAUGACGAGGCGAGGCGGUGCGGGGGUGAGGACUCCGACAGCGCGCCGUCCGUCGGGAGCGACCUGUACAAGGACGAGGACGACAAGGAGCAGCUGGAGAACAUGACUGAGCUGCAGAGGGAGAUGAUCCUGGCCGAGCGGAGCACCAGGAUCGACGAAUACAAGCUCAAGAAGAAGCUGGCGCGGACUGCCACCACCUCCAAGACGGAGGCACGCAAGGACAGCCCUCCCCCGCCGCUCAGCAGGUCGCGGUCCUCCACCAGGACCGACAGGUCCGCCACCAAGAGCGCCCUUGACGAGCUUCGGGCCAAGCGGAUGAGGCAGCAGGAUCCGGAGGGGUACCGCAACAGGUUCAAGGAUUUGGUUACCAAGACCGGCUCACCAACCAGGCGUAGAGCUGGAAGCCCCCCGAGUGAUGGUAGCAAUGAUGGAGACAAUAGAGGGAGGAUGAAUGACCAUGGGGGUAUUGCUGAUGAUGCCCGGGAGGAUGAGUUUGAUGAAUCGCCGAGUAGGCUCGUCCCUCUCAAGUUCGAUGACGUCAAGAGUAUAACCCUUAGGAGGACAAAGCUGGUGAAAUGGUUCAUGGAGCCCUUCUUUGAGGACCUCGUAUCUGGGUGCUUUGUGCGGAUUGGGAUUGGGAAGACAAAAUCAGGCCCCAAGUACAGGCUGUGCAUCGUUAGGAAUGUGGACGCCAGCGACCCAGAUAGGCAAUACAAGCUGGAUAGCUACACAACAUGCAAGUAUCUCAAUGUUGUAUGGGAUAAUGAAGCUAAUGCUGCUCGGUGGCAGAUGACUCAGGUGUCUGACUCCCCUGUUCUUGAAGAAGAGUUCAAGGAGUGGCUGCAAGAGGCUGAAAAGAAUGGUGUGCGCAUACCAACCCGGCAGGAAGUGCUUGAGAAAAAAGAGGCCAUUCAAAAGGCAUAUACAUUUGUGUAUUCAGCGGCUACUGUAAAGCAGAUGCUGCGUGAGAAGAAAUCAGCUGUGAGACGUCCAAUGAAUGUUGCUGCUGAGAAGGAUAGGCUGAGGGAUCAGUUGGAGAUGGCCCUGGUUCGGAGGGAUGAAGUAGAAGCAGAAAGGAUCCGUGCAAGGCUGAAUCAGCUGCAGAAGAUUGCUCAACCAAUGUCAAACAAUGAGAAGGCAGCAAAGUUGGAGGAGAUGAACAGGAAGAAUCGUGCUGAGAACUUCAAGACUGCAUCAGAAAUGAAGGCUGUCAAUACAAGUCUGAAGGCUGGAGAGGCUGGUUAUGAUCCUUUUUCAAGGAGGUGGACAAGAUCGAGAAACUAUUAUGCGGCAAAGCCCGAAGGAGAAGCAGAAGGAGAUAAUGCUGAAGCUGCCAAUGGAAAUGGUGAUAGUGCAAUUGCUAGCACCAAAGAUGUGAAGGGCGCUGUGCAAGUUGGAUCGACAGUCACAGCUUCAGCUCUAGUUGCAGCAGCUGAAGCUGGGAAACUAGUUGAUACCAAUGCACCUUUGGAUCUCGGGACAGAAACAAAUUCACUCCAUAAUUUUGAGCUUCCCAUAUCAUUAUCUGUUCUGGAAGAGUAUGGCGGGCCCAAAGGUCUGUUCGAAGGCUACAUGGCAAGGAAGCAGAAGAUAGAAGCAACGAUGGGGUACAAGAUCCCUGACAACGACGGAAGGAGGCAUGCUUUAACUCUAUCGGUGAGCGACUACAAAAGGCGACGGGGUCUCCUCUAAAGGAUAUGCUGCUCGAUUCAUCUAUCUGUCCUCUCGGAAGCAAAACUUGUGCAUCGCUGUGAAAGCGUAUGAACCAUUGGCCGUUUAGCCUUACUUUCUCAGAACUAAUACGGGAGACAAGCACAUUGCACAUUAUUUUCAUUAAUAUAUAAACCUGUUUGACUGAUCAUAUUUUCUUGGGGAGUGACCUUUUAUGUUAUGUUCUUGAGGGUAAUGACAUUUCAUGUUUAUAUUUGGGUAGUGUAUCAGUUCUUCAAAUUUUACUUUUUGAUGCUCUUGAAUUAAAACAGGGAAUAGUGUCAUGUGGAAGUGUUCUGUUUCUGUGUAUUUGCCAUCUUCCUCUUCUGGGAGAAUAUAUAAGUGUUUGUUAGUCUGCAAGUUGUGGUACAUUAGUUCCAAUGCUGUUUUUUUAAUGUACUUCUGAGCUGGUGUUGAUGAUAUUCUUGCUUGGUGUUGUGCUUCCUGUAAGGCUCAAAGCAAUUGUAACUCCCAGAGAUAUUGAGAUUUCUAUAGA